AAAAUAUACUGUAUUUUUUUGGGAGUGUUUUGAAGUUGUUAUCUGGCAACACCUAAACCCGUUCUUUCAUUUCCAAAGGAAAAUAACAAACGGAAUGGCUGACGCAGCGCCAUCGACAGCGCCCAAGGCGAAAGUGCCUAAAACUAAGGCACCUAAAGAGAAGGCCGCCAAGGCUGCCCCUGCGGCGCCUGCAGAGCCUCCUAAGGCGGUGCGUAAAGUGUCAUCGAAACCCCGUCACGGCAGGCUGUACGCUAAAGCCGUGUUCACAGGCUACAAACGUGGUCUUCGCAACCAACAUGAGAACACAGCUCUUCUGAAGAUUGAAGGAGCAAGGAGCCGUGAAGACGCAGACUUCUAUGCUGGCAAGCGUUGUGUAUAUGUAUACCGUGCCAAGAAGAGGACACCCAUUGCUGGUGGACCCCGUGGCAAGAAGACCAAGCUGCGCGCCAUCUGGGGCAAGGUGACCAGACCACAUGGCAACUCCGGUGGAGUGCGUGCUCGCUUCCGCUCCAACCUGCCAGCGCAGGCUAUGGGACACAGGAUACGCGUGAUGUUGUAUCCCUCCAGGAUCUAAGACUCUUCCUGUUAAGUAAUAUAAGCAUAAAAUAAAACCCAAAAAAAUUACUUUGCUUUUUAUUUUCAUAAAUUCUGAGUGAUUUAACUUUGGCUUAACCUCUCCUUUACCAGUAAAUAAGACAAUAAUAAAUACACUGGGUCUCACUUAGAUCAUGUUUUGG